GGCCAAGUGACAGAGGCGCCUCAACGGGUAUAAAUGGUCUGCGUGUCACCCGGCAGCUAUUGUCUGGCACAGCAACAACCAUGAAGCUCUUGGUCCUGUGCGCUCUGGUGGCCACCGCCGCCGCUUUGCCACGCUUCGGCAUGCUGGCCGAUUCCCCAGUUCUUACUGACGCCCCGAAACAGCAUGUUAUCAACGGCCUCCUCUGGAAGGUUUACGAGGAUAUUCACGAUCCCGAUCUGAAGAGCCUUUCCCAGACCUUCGAUCCUCUUUCCGGCCAGUAUGACGAUGAUGGUGUCUUUGCCAAGCGGCUCAUGAAGGAACUCAACGAAAACCGUCUGCUGGAGGAGAAGCACUGGUUCUCGCUUUUCAACACCCGCCAGCGACAGGAGGCUCUCAUGCUGUACAACGUACUCGAACACUCCACAAACUGGGAAACCUUCGCUGGCAACGCAGCCUUCUUCCGCACUCGUAUGAACGCGGGCCAGUUCGUCUACGCUAUUUACGCCACCGUUGUCCAUUCUCCUCUGACACAAAACGUGGUGCUGCCUCCCCUCUAUGAAGUUACUCCUCACCUCUUCACCAACAGCGAAGUCAUCCAAGAAGCCUACAAGGCUAAGAUGAUGCAGAAUGGUACCAGUAUCAAGUCCUACUUCACCGGCAGCAAGAGCAACCCCGAGCAGCGUGUGGCUUACUUCGGUGAGGACAUCGGCAUGAACACCCAUCACGUCUUCUGGCAUAUGGCAUUCCCCUUCUGGUGGGACGACUCACACGAAAGCCACCACAUCGAACGUAAGGGCGAGAGCUUCUUCUGGGUCCAUCAUCAGCUCACCGUUCGCUUCGAUACCGAGCGUCUCUCCAACUACUUGGACCCCGUCGAGGAACUUCACUGGGACGACAUUAUCCAUGAAGGCUUCGCUCCCCACACCAUGUACAAGUACGGCGGCAGCUUCCCCUCACGACAAGACAAUGUGCAAUUCGUGGACGUGGCCGGUGUGGCGCAAGUGCGCGAUAUGGUGUUAUUAGAAAACCGCAUCAGGGAUGCCAUUGCUCACGGAUAUAUCACCGGCAGGGACGGGACCGUCAUCAGCAUUAUGAACUCUCAUGGCAUCGAUAUCCUUGGUGACGUGAUUGAGUCAUCCACUUACAGUCCUAACCACGAGUACUACGGUUCCCUGCACAACACUGCACAUAUCAUGCUUGGCCGCCAGGGCGACCCUCACGGCAAGUUUGAUCUCCCUCCCGGUGUUCUGGAGCACUUCGAGACAGCCACGCGCGAUCCCGCCUUCUUCCGCCUCCAUAAAUACAUGGAUGCAAUUUUCAGGGAACACAAAGACAGCCUUACUCCCUACACCAAGGAGGACCUCGAGUUCACUGGAGUCUCUGUACACAGCAUCACCUUUAACAACAAACUUACCACCUUCUUUGAAGACUUUAAAUACAGCCUCAUCAAUGCAGUAGACGACUCUCCUCAGGCACAGGAUGUGCCUAUCUAUGCCGUUAUACCUCGCCUCGCAAAUAAUGAAUUCAAAAUCGACUAUAGAAUUGACAACAACAACGAAAGAGAGGUAAUGGCAACUAUGCGCGUCUUCAUGUGGCCUAAGUAUGACAACAACAAAGUUGAAUUCUCCUUCAAUGAGGGACGCUGGCACGCCAUUGAAAUGGACAAGUUCUGGGUAAAACUGUCUCCAGGAGAAAACUCACUAACACGCUCCAGCAAGGACUCGGCGAUUACUGUUCCAGACGUGCCAAGCUUCCAGACUCUGAUCAACAAGACUAAAGAAGCAAUGACCUCUGGCUCCGAGGUCCGCCUCGAGGAGUACCACAGUAGCCUAGGGCUUCCCAAUAGGUUCCUGCUCCCAAAGGGUACGACUGAAGGCAUGGAUUUCCAUUUUGUGGUCUUCGUCUCCGACGGCUCCGAGGACAUGGCCGUCGCAGGACUCCACGAGAGCACCUCCUUUAACCACUAUGGCUGUCACGAUGGUAAAUAUCCCGACAAGAAGCCGCACGGCUAUCCGUUGGAUCGCCGGGUCGACGACGAGCGCAUCAUCACUGGCGUCUCCAAUUUCAAGGCCAUGGACAUCAAGGUGUUCCACACGGAAUGAAUGCAUCCCACUAAUGACAGAGACUCCAUAAAGAAUCAUUCGCAGCCCAUCAUGCUGAGAUGAUCUCCUGACAAUAUUACACAUUAUUAUCUUAAUGAUCAUUAAUUUGGUAUGUACCCUGUUUAUAUGAAAAAUCGUUAUGUUUCUGAUGAAAAUAAAUUCUUGCCCACUAUAA